AGGAGUGUUCUUGUCUAAUGAAGUCUUAUUAUCAUCUUCAUAAGGCUCUCCAAGAUGGGAAGAAACCAGACACCACAUUACGCACUAAAGGUUCCUCUGGCAGAUGAAUUUCCUUCCAAAGCCGAGGAGAGUGAUGAUGGUGAGGAGGAAGAGGAAGAGAUUGAAGUUGGUUUCGAAGAUGAAACAGACACAACCCAGAGUAAAAAGACUCUCAUCAGAAGAGUAGUGUCUCCUGAAGGUGACACCUGGAACCUUCAGGAAGCUGCAGGAUCCGUGACAUUUUGUCGAGGAGCCAGGACAAAGCCUUUGUUCAUUACAUGUUCCUUAUGGAAUCCCAGGGCCCUCUCUCCACCUCUUGGCAGAAAUGAGGUCCUGGUAAGCAACGUGAUUGAACUGUCACUAGACGGUCCACUUGACCUGGAAUUCACUGGGGAUGACCAAGGAAGCGUUACUGUGGCUUUGAUGCACAGUGCCUCUAAUUUAAAGGGGUAUGAAGUUGUUAUCAAGCAGUUGGUUGACCCAGAAAACAAUGAGUGGAUAGAUUUGGUGACCCACACCUUUUGGCGCACAUCAGCUAAAUCUGUCGUUCCCAACUGGCAUUUCCCAUUUGCUGAAGCUGCAUGCUCAGUAACACGUUAUUCCUCCUUUGCCGCAAUCUGGCGCCUCAAAUCUUUCAUUUUCCUGAAGCCCAAGCUCGUCAUUCCUGAA